AGCACUCUGAAGCUGCCAUGCUGGGAGGAAGCCCAGGUCACACGGGGAGGCUACAUGCAGGGUCUCCAUUCACAGUCCCAGCUGAGCCCAGCUUUUGGGCCCUCCUGCCCAGGAGCCACAUUUAGCAGGAAGCCUUCAGUACCAUGGACCUGACUGGAGAAGCUUUCACCGCCUGGCCCUGGGCUCCAGGAGAGCCCACCACCACCAGGGCCCAGGAUGGAGGCAGCACUGGUGCCAGGGGCAAGCAGGUCACAGAUGCCAGGGCUCAUUUGACCUCUACUUCAUCUUGGACAAGUCUGGCAGCAUGAACAACAACUGGAUUGACCUUUAUAUGUGGGUGGAGGAAAGAGUGGCGAGGUUCCAAAGCCCAAAUAUUCGGAUGUGCUUCAUCGCCUACUCCACGAACGGCGAGACUGUCUUGCCACUCACUUCAGACAAGAAUAGAAUAAAAAACAGUCUUGACCAACUUCAGAAAAGUGUGCCUGAAGGACACACAUUCAUGCAGGCAGGAUUUAGAAAGGCAAUGCAACAGAUCGAAAGUUUCAACUCUGGAAACAAGGUUCCCAGCAUGAUUAUUGCUAUGACCAAUGGAGAACUGGUGGCACAUGCAUUUCAGGACACUCUCAGAGAAGCUCAAAAGGCUCGGAAACUGGGGGCCAACGUUUACACCCUGGGUAUGGCUGAUUAUAAGCUGGACCAGAUAACAGCAAUUGCAGACAGCCCUGGCCACAUGUUUGCAGUGGAGAAUGGCUUCAAGGCCCUGAGAAGCACCACUGAUGCUCUCACGUCAAAGACCUGUCUUGAUGUGACAUUGGUGGAGCCUUCCUCUGAGUGUGUAGGAGCAAGAAAAGACAUGUGUGAGAAGCUCUCAGGGAAACACCAGCAAAUGGCAUGGAGCAGCAGCUAACCCAGACCACAGGGCAGGAGCAGCCAGGGCUCCUCCCAGGAAGGCCAGGCAGGUGCAGGAGCUGAAAUGUCUGUGUAAUUUACCACAUCAACAAAACGGGAAACAGGAACCAAGCGGUUAUCUCAGGGGAUGAAGAACAAGAAGUGGGGGCGUCAACAUGCCACAGCGCCCUGUGAGCAGAAGGAAACCUCCAUAGCCCGACAAAGGCGUCCACACAAACACCCUCAGCUCACCUCAAUCCCACAGGAUCAACCCCAGUG